AUGGUCAUUAGUGUUGAAGCAAGCGUACCUCCAUACUUGCCUUCCGUAUUUACCUUCUCCAGUCGGACCGUCUCCAUCGAACCAUGCACUAUCAACGGAAACUCUGCUCUUUGCUGGAUAUCUGAUGGUAUUACUCUGAACGAUGUUGGCAACUCUGCUACAAGUGCAGACGGGACCUUGACCACCACUCCUCCUGGAAUUGGCACAGCAUCCUCGACCGUGAGCAUAAGCGUUGGAACGAUCUUAGAAAACAACAACUCGACCACAACUGUUGGAGUGCCUCGGCCUACUGGCAACAACCUAACGACCACAAUUCUAUUCAACGGUACCUCGAGCACAACCCUGCUACCUGGCACAGGACCGAGCUACACCAGUCCAACGCUCGGGACGGCCACUGCGUCACAAGGUACAGGUACCGGCGUUGUGUCACCAUCUGCAGGAUCGAAUACCUCGUACUGCGUCGGUUAUAACUGCCCGGGAGGUCCACACAAUUCGUGGACUGGGUGGUCGGGCAGACCUCGCCCCACAGGCGGGUUUCCCUAUCCCAGCAUCAAUGCCACUGGUACCGAAGGCAUCAGUUUCAACGCUACAGGAACAGGUGUUACAUUGACGAGCUACCGCGCCACUGCCACAAUAACCAGUUCAGUCUGGUUGACCAGUUCGGGUUGCUGCAACUCAACUUCGCCACCUUCUAGCCAUAGCGGCGUCGAGAUCAGUCCCAUCAACACAUCUUCGGUGGGACCGUUUCCCAACACCACGAUCAGCUCCAAUAUCACGAUCUCCGGGCCUACUGGUACGCCUUCGCCAAACCUCACAGUCAGUGCCAAUGGCACACUGAUACCGCCAACUGGCACGGGUGGCCCAAAGAACACAAUGUCCUCGAAUGUACCUCUUCCGGGCCCGACUGCAACCGGACCAAGAUGUUGGACCAUCACCAAUGGCACUUACGUUCGGGUGAGCACUUGUACUGGAAGCUCCGACGUGUCUUCGGCUUGGCUGGACUGGAACAACACCGCUCCCUUUCCGACAGGUACCGGUGCCAUUCCCAGCAAUGACACUGGUCCUGUUUUGACUGGCACAAACACAGGAACUGCUGGCCGACCCACAGGCACAGGGUCUGUCACCGUGACAGGAGGUCGCACUACUGGCACGGGCACGAGCUGGAACUCAACGACUUCCGUGUGGGGUACGGGACAAGACACAGGCACGGGCUUGGGCAACCGCCCCCCGCCGCCGACGGGUUCUGGUCAAUCUCAGCCCUUGGGUACCAGCACCGGCGGUGGCUCGAAUUUGACAGCAACUACAAGUCCCUCGGGCUUUAACAGCAGUAUGUCGUCAGCGUUGAGCGGUACCGGCGUUUCUCCCACAACCAGCACGAAUGUCACUCUGGGUCCCAUUCCAGGUACCGCAUCGGGCACUCCUCUUAGUACGGCAAGCAGUGGUACUGGCAUGUCCCAACCCAGCAACAGCACCAGUAGUACAGUAUCGCCAAGCAGCGGCACCAGCAUGCCCUCGCCUUCCAAUAGCACAAGCUCUUCAUCAUUUACAGAUACCAGCGCCAGCAAUAGCACGAGCUCACAGACCUCCGCCAUCUCCGCUUCACCAAGCAACGCCGCCAAUGCGACAGCGCCCUUCCCAUCCCCUCCCGUUGACACCACGUGCACCACAUCCUCGUCCUCCACCAACACCUCCUCAACUCUCUUCAGCAUCCCACCCGGCCCCGGGGUCACAUGGCAUCCCAGCUCCGACACAGCCAUCUCGGCCUCGCCGACCAGUAGCGCAAACAACACCACCCCAACCACCACCACCACCAGCAACGACGCAACCAUCGACGUCUCCGCCACUCUAAGCACCCUCCGCCACUCCUCUUCCUCCUCCUCUGCCACCUCAGGCUCCUUCUUCCCCACGACCUUCACCCUGACCCUCACCUCCGCCUCCAGCACCAUCACCACCACCGUCGGCAGCGGCAACACCAACGGCAACGCAACCUCGCCCGCAACAUACGCAGUGACCACGACCGUCGACCGCGGCGUGCUGCAGUGCUACGAGCGUAUCGGGCCGGAUGGCGAGGCGAUGGGCGUGGUGUGUCCGACGACGCUGGAGACGCAGGUUUUGGCGGCGACGAGUUCGCGCGCUGGUGGGGAUCGUGGGGGGAGUGCCGGGUGGCCGGAUUGGGGCGGUGGUGCCGCCGGUGGUGGUGGUGGUGAGGAGGGAGGUGGAGGGGAGGAGAUGAUGAUGAUGGGGAAGAGGGAGGUUGGUGAGGGCGGUACUGAGACUGAUGCCGAUGCUGAGGCUGAGGCUGAGGCUGAGGCGCGUGCUGUUGAGGACGGAGUUGAAGGAGGUGAGGCUCGAGAAGAGGUUGACGGUGUUGAAACGAGACAACAGAGCGAGCAUGACCAGGCUGGUGGUCACGGGGAGCGUGAACUCGAGCAUGAGCACGAGAUGCACGGCGUGCGAGAGGUGGUGCGUCGCGGCAUGCAUAUCCCGGAGGGCAAGCAAGGGUAUGAGAAGGGCGUGGAUGGACGAGAGGCGGUAGAGGGCAGAGACGGCAAGGCACGGGCUUUUGUGGCGACAGUGGAGGUGGGUCAUGCGGGUGUCGAUGGACAGCGGGAGGAGGGACUCAAGGGUCGAUGGGUGAGUUCUCCUGCCUUCUCUCUCUCUCUCUCUCUUGCUUCAAAGUUCUGCAGAGGUCAUGAGCUGAUGGUUGCGCAGUUACAGCGGAUGAUGGCCUGGGUGUAA